AUGAAGUUCUUAUGUUACGCUUUGCUAUUGGUAGCCGCAACAGCCGUGGCCCAGGCUGCCGCGGAACGCAGCGAUGAGGAGAGCGUCGCCCGGCUGAGAUACCGCCUCUUAAAGCAACCAAACCAGUUGGAGGCCCGGAGUCUUAGCCAGCUGCUGGCCUUGAAGAACGGCACUCCCCCAUGUCCCGCCCCAACAACCACUGGCACUACUUCCCCUACCGUCACCCCUACCACAACUGGUACUACUACGGGACCAACUACUUCAACAACCACCAGCUCCACCAGACGUGCCCUUACCGACUACAGCCAAGAAGAUAACGAUGACGACGACGGCGAGGAUGACGACAACAGCGAGGACGAGAAGUAUGUGGGCGCCUACAGGGCCAGUGCCAAAAACGACGAUGACAAUCUGGACAACGAGGAGGACAGCUUCGACCUGGUCGGUUACCAGCACAAUCGCGCCGAUUCUGGCCUCCGUCGAGGCGGCAGCCGCCCCGGCUCCGGAUCCGGCUCCCAGGCUUCUAGCAGCGCCAUCUUGAAGGAGUUCGAGUUCCGCCGCCAGCAGGAUCAGAACAAAGCCCUUCGCAAGCGCCUUCAGGCCAUGCGCCGGCGCAACGCCCAGAGCCGACGCCGCGCCCAGGCCAAGCGACGCCGCGUUCGCCGCCGCCUCAACAAGAAGCGCCGUAGUCAGGGUCGCCGCAGCCGUCGCAACCGCAGCCGUGCCAACCGUCGCCACCGUGCGGCCCGCCGCCGCCAGCGCCAGAACGCCAAACGUCGUAUCCGUCGCAACCGCAGACGCAACCGCCGCAACUAG